UCCUGUGGCUUUGUUGUAUCUCUGUGCACUUUCUGCCACCAACUGAAGCAUGGGCUGACUGGAGGAAAUGGGAAGACGGGAUCAGACUGGGAGUCUGGGGAGGGGCCAUGGUGCCAAGCCAGUUCUCGGGGAGACUGAAGAAGCUGCUUGUCUUCCUGUGCUGCGCCUCCCUCCUCCUGGGGCUGGCUUUGCUGGGCAUACGGCCGGACACCGCCCCUAUUGCUUAUUUCUUUCUGACCUUGGGUGGCUUCUUCUUGUUUGCCUGCCUCCUGGUCUGUUUUGUGGAAUGUGGGUUACCAUCAAUGCAGACCCAGAGCCCGGGGGCCUCAGGCAAUGCACGGGACAAUGAAGCCUUUGAGGUGCCGACCUAUUUAGAGGCCGUGGUGUUAGAAUCACAGCGCUGCCCCCAAGAGUUGGAUCUACCACCCCCCUACAACAGUGUUGUAAUCGCCCCAGCACUGGAGGAGGGACAGCCUAGCCAUCCAGAGGGGCCUAUGAGAGCCAGACUGGAAAGGCGAGUGGGCUCAGAGGGGUCUAUAAUCACAGGAAGCCCUGGAAGAGUCAGCCUUCGGCUUCGGGGACCACGAGUCGCAUCCACUGUUCCUGAUCUGCAGAGCUUGGUGACCCUACAGAGGAUCCCCACAUUGGAGCCUCUUACUCCACCCCCUGCCUAUGAUGUCAGCUUUGAUCACCCUGAUGAUGAUAAUGUUUUCUAUGAAAACAACUGGACACCCCCCUAAAAGACUUUCCCAGGAUAUACCAACUCUGCACCAGACCCACUGAUUCAUUUGACCAAUAUUUCCCAGUGCCUGCAAUGUGUCAGGGACUGUAUUUCUGCCUGGACAUCACAAAUGGUGACUUUAACCCUGAGGAGAGUCAGGCUAUCGUAAUCCCUUCCCAGUUGAGAUGUAGGUGGCACAAUUUGAGUCUUCAGGCAACUUUCGGUCACCUAUCCCUUGUCCACUAUUUCCAGAGUUAGACUGAGGGUGUGGUGAAGAGCUGAUCCAGAGAACCUAGAGAAGGAAGAAGAAAAACAACGUCUGAGGGAAAGCGACGUCACUUCCGUCCUGGGUGCUUUGCCUCUAUUUGAUCACUUAGGCUUCCCAGCCUUAUGAUGUAUUAUUAGCCUCAGUGGAAAAAUGAGGAUUCCAGGGAUCAAAGAAGUUUGAUAAUUUGCACAGGCACAUAAUGUUGGUAAAUAGCAUAAAAGUGACUUGAACUCUCCUCUUCUGAUCCCAAAGCCCAUUGUGUUUUCAAUACAACGUAACAGAAGCUGGGCCAUCCGCGCAUCUCUCAGUCUGUCUUGGACAACUGCUGGUGAGGGGUUACCCCGUUCAUGUAGACAGAAUAGGGGACCAGUUGUGUCCACAGAGAGGGUGGGCUGUGACCAGGAGCAUACCUAACCUCCUAGAGGUGCAAAGCUAAUCCGAGUUGUGAGGACCCCUGCUCCAUGUGGGGAGGAGUCCCCCGGGCAGCAUCUCAUCCUACUGGGAAGCAGAGGUGUAAACUGCCCCGGGGGAUUUUGAGAAUGGGUGGAUAGGAGGGUCAAAAAAGAUAAGACGUGAGCUUCUUGGUGAGGGGUGGUGGAGUAUCUAAAGAUCCCUCUUGAAUCACCUAUUACGAAGCACUGGAGCCACUUGCACUGUGCCUCGAAUGGCUUCAGCCUCACCCCUGCGCUCGGAUGGCUGGGGUUUUUACCUGGACCCCUGCCCUACUUCCUCAGAUCCCAACAGAACACCAGAUUUUCUGGAAUCACGUGCUGCAGCUGUGAUGUAGGUUUUAGCCACUGGGAGCUGCUCAACCAUCGCUGACCCACCCUCCUUGGGAUGCACUCCCCACUCUGGCCUUCAUCAUCGCGAGGGGAUCUGUCUAGCGCCUUCUAGUGCUCUCCACGGCCUUCUUACCCUGGCCCCAACAGUUCAACUUCAAUAAAGUGAAAAGGCCGGCCA